GGGGUUAAUGCUUCCUGUUUCUGUUAGUUCUAUGGCUUCUGAUGUGUUGAGAGGUUACUGGGGACAAAGGCUUUUAUGGGAGCUUGGUGGUUAUGUUGCUGUUUAUCCACCUACAGCUCACCGGUUUGAUAGAAUCGAGGCUUACCCUUUUGCUGAGGAGAAGGAUCUUCAUGUCAAUGUUGGUCGUUUAAUAGAUUUUUUACUUGUUUGGAGAUCAGACAAGCAUAGUUUCUUUGAGACGAUCCUUGAUUUGAGCUUUGCUAUGGCUGAAGAAGGGUUUUGGACUGAACAGGAUGUGAAAUUUACAGCUGCUUGGCUUCAGGAUUUGAUUGCUGUUGGGUACCAACAGCCGAGAUUGAUGUCGUUGGAAUUGGAUCGCCCGCGAGCAAGUAUUGGUCAUGGGGAUAGAAAAGAGUUUGUUCCUCGGAAGUUGCCUUCGGUUCAUCUUGGGGUUGAGGAGACUGGCACAGUGAGCACUGAGAUAGGAAACUUGAUUAGGUGGAGGAAGAAUUUUGGUAAUGUAGUGCUUGUUAUGUUCUGUAGUGGUCCUGUUGAACGCACAGCUCUCGAGUGGAGGUUACUUUACGGCCGGAUAUUCAAAACCGUUGUGAUAUUGUCUUCUCAGAAAAACUCGGAUCUUUAUGUGGAAGAAGCCAAACUCGAUCACAUUUACAAGCAUCUACCAAAGAUAUUUGAUCGGUACAGCAGCGCAGAAGGAUUUUUGUUUGUUGAAGAUGAUACAAUUCUCAAUUACUGGAAUCUACUUCAAGCUGACAAGUCUAAGAUUUGGACUACAGACAAGGUAUCGAAGUCAUGGACAUCAGUGAAACCGACAGGGAACUCUGAUUGGUUUUCUGUACAAGCCGAGCUAGUGAAGAACACUGUAAGUACGAUGCCACUGGAAACAAGGCUGAAUUAA